GGAGGGACGCCACGUCUCCUGGGCGGAUGGAUCAGGGCAUCCAUCUGGAAGACCACACACGAGGAGGUUUCCCAAGCCAUUGCUCGUGGCCAACACCAGGACCAUUCCCAAGCCAAGUUAGCCAACACAAGGUUUGAAGUUGCUCGUCGCCAACACCAGGGCCAUUCGCUAGCGCUAGCAGCAGUCAGCGCAGCAGAGGAGAGAAGAAUCCUUGGACUCAGGGAAGCUCGAGCGCGCAGUGGCAAUGGCGUCGCUCCUGUCGCAGACCACGGCGAGGCCAAGCAGCAGCGGCAGCGGCAAAGGCCGGGUUCUUCUCCCCAGGGUCACCGCCAUGGCCACCCAGAGCCCCAAAUCCGGCUCCGGCACAAAAAGAUCCUCGGGCACGACGACGGUGUUCCCGGUGGGGAAGCCGGCGGGCGGGCCAGCGAAGACGACGAAGGGGUCGGCGCCGGUGAAGCUGCUGACGAACGUGGAGAAGCUGCGGCUGCUGACCAAGGCGGAGAAGGCGGGCCUGCUGUCGGCGGCGGAGCGUGCCGGGCUGUCGCUGUCGGCGGUGGAGCGGCUCGGGCUGCUGUCCAAGGCGGAGGAGCUCGGCGUGCUGUCGGCCGCCACCGACCCGGGCACCCCGGGGACGCUGCAGGGGCUCGCGCUGCUGCUGCUGGCGGCGGGCCCCGCCGUGGUGUUCCUCGUCCCCGAGCAGUACCCCUGGGAGGUGGCGCUCCAGGCCGUCGUCGCGCUCGCCUGCGUCGCCGGCGGCUCCGCGGCCUUCGCCGCAUCCAGCUUCGUCUCCAGGCUCCAGGGCACCUCCUAGUCCUGCUCACCGGCUUACCGGAUGAACGCUAGAUAUAUAUUGCUGCUGCCUUCUUAAUUGAUCUUUGCGUAGAGUUUUAAAUUGAUUAAUCUACUUGUGUAAAGAUGGGUUUGAUACUUGGUACUACUAUGAAUUCACCAUAUAUAUUCACUGCAAGGCAUAUGAAAGAUUUUGUAAGUUGAUCAAUGAGCAGAAGUUUUUGUGUUUGAAGAGGUGUUGUCGAUCGGGACACCUUGUAGAAGCACUUCUGUGUUUUGGUGCUCUGGCAUGAUUCGAUUUGGAAUUAACCAUGCUGCUCCAAUUUAUAUACGCUGAUGUAUUCACCGAAAAUUUGGCAAGAGAGUUGUAACUUGUCC